AUGGCGGGAUUUGGUGCUAUGGAGAAAUUUUUGGUUGAGUACAAAAGUGCAGAGGAAAAGAAACUGGCAGAGUAUAAAUGUAACACCAACACAGCAAUUGAACUAAAAUUAGUUCGUUUCCCCGAAGAUCUUGAGAAUGAUAUUAGAACUUUCUUUCCUGAAUAUACCCAUCAACUCUUUGGGGAUGAUGAAACUGCUUUUGGUUACAAGGGUCUGAAGAUCUUGUUAUACUAUAUUGCGGGUAGCCUGUCAACAAUGUUCCGUGUUGAAUAUGCAUCAAAAGUUAAUGAGAACUUUGACUGUGUAGAGGCAGAUGAUGUCGAGGGCAAAAUUAGACAAAUCAUUCCACCUGGAUUUUGCACAAACACAAAUGAUUUUCUUUCUUUACUGGAAAAAGAAGUUGAUUUCAAGCCAUUUGGAACCUUACUCCAUACAUACUCUGUUCUAAGUCCAACAGGGGAGAACUUUACCUUUCAGAUAUACAAGGCUGACAUGACGUGUAGAGGCUUUCGAGAAUAUCAUGAAAGGCUUCAGACCUUUUUGAUGUGGUUUAUUGAGACUGCUAGCUUUAUUGACGUGGAUGAUGAAAGAUGGCACUACUUUCUAGUAUUUGAGAAGUAUAAUAAGGAUGGAGCUACGCUCUUUGCGACCGUAGGCUACAUGACAGUCUAUAAUUACUAUGUGUACCCAGACAAAACCCGGCCACGUGUAAGUCAGAUGCUGAUAUUGACUCCAUUUCAAGGUCAAGGCCAUGGUGCUCGACUUCUUGAAACAGUUCAUAGGUAUUACAUUGCAUCUCCUUCUGUUCUUGAUAUUACAGCGGAAGAUCCAUCUGAAAGCUAUGUGAACUUAAGAGACUUUGUGCUUGUGAAGCUUUGUCAAGAUUUGCCCUGUUUUUCUCGGGAAAAGUUAAUGCAAGGAUUCAAUGAAGAUAUGGCAAUAGAGGCACAACAAAAGUUCAAAGUAAAUAAGAAACAUGCUAGACGGGUUUAUGAAAUUCUUCGCCUACUGGUAACUGACAUGAGUGAUGCUGAACAAUACAGAAGUUACAGAUUGGAUAUUAAAAGAAGACUAAUUAGCCCAUAUAAGAAAAAGCAGAGAGAUCUUGCUAAAAUGAGAAAAUGUCUUAGACCAGAAGAACUGACAAACCAGAUGAACCAAAUAGAAAUAAGCAUGCAACACGAACAACUGGAAGAAAGCUUUCAGGAUCUUGUGGACGAUUAUCGACGUGUUAUUGAACGCCUUGCUCAAGAAUAA